GGUCAGCUAGCAGUACAGAGCUCUUACACAGUGACAAUGUUGCAACUUUGCCUCCUGGCCGCACUGCUUCCUCUGGUGAGGGCCACCUUGUACCAGGAUGACUUGCUGGAUUCUGAGUGGGGACUAUGGAAGAAGACUCAUGGCAAGCAGUACAAUAGCCAACUAGAUGAAGUCAAGAGAAAUCAGAUCUGGAACAAAAACCUGAAGAUGAUCCUCAACCACAACAGAGAGUACGCUGAGGGGAAACAUACAUAUGAUCUGGCUAUGAACCAUCUGGGUGACAUGACCAGUGAGGAAAUUGUUCAGACAAUGACUGGAUUAAAGGUGCCAUCCCAUCACCUGUCUAGGAAUACAUACCAGCCUGACUGGACAGCUCGGAUCCCAAAGUAUAUUGACUACAGGAAGAAGGGUUACGUCACCCCAGUCCAAAAUCAGGGCAUCUGUGGAUCAUGUUGGGCUUUCAGCUCGGUAGGUGCCCUGGAGGGUCAGCUCAUGAAGAAGACAGGCACGCUGAUCUCCCUGAGUCCACAAAACCUGGUGGACUGUGAUAUGGACAACUACGGAUGUCAGGGAGGAUACAUGACCAACGCAUUUGGCUAUGUGAGGGAUAAUAACGGCAUAGACUCAGAUGCAUUUUAUCCAUAUAUUGGACAGGACGAGGGCUGUCUCUACAACUCAUCCGGAAAAGCUGCAGGCUGCAUGGGCUUCAAAGAGAUACCCAGAGGAGACGAGAAGGUCCUGAAGAGAGCGGUGGCCCAGGUUGGUCCUGUGUCCGUCAGCAUUGAUGCCAGUCUCUCCUCCUUCCACUUCUACAGUAAAGGUGUCUAUUACGAUAAAAACUGUGACCCUGAAGGCAUCAAUCACGCUGUGUUGGCUGUGGGCUAUGGAAAUAUAAAGGGGACCAAGCAUUGGAUCCUCAAGAACAGCUGGGGGCAGGAUUGGGGCAGGAAAGGUUACGUCCUGUUAGCCAGGGACAAGAAAAAUGCCUGCGGCAUCGCCAACCUUGCCAGUUUCCCAGUGAUGUAGACAGCUGACCCACAUUGCCAACAUCGGGGCAACAACCGUCCUACAGAGUUUCCUGUCUUCACACCGCGACGCUGUCCUGCUACACCUCGUUUCCAUGCAUAAGGAUUUAUGUGAUAAUUACUAGAAGUUACUGUAACUUGUCUUCACCUGUAACAUGUGGUGUUCUAAACGUAUUAUUCAUCUGAGUCCGAAACGAAGCGUCUGAGUCAGUUAUGGCAAUCAUGGUUGAUUUGUAAAUAAAGGAGAACCUGGUUCAGAUGUGAAA